AGUCAUGUGGAUGUGCGCUCUGCAAUAGGAGGCAGAGAACGUCUCAACUGUGCUGUGAAUGUGUCUGAGCUGGUGAGGAGUGGGGACAUUUCUACAGCGUUCACCACAGAGAACCUCAGCAGGAAGCACUGGAGAAACCUCUUCUUGUGAGGAGAAUGUAAGGCAUUAAAGAGGCACAAAAUAAUCUAUUUACUUCUAUGAGAGCAGAACUGGGUCUCGCCGUCGUACCUGCCACAAAAAAAACAUGUCUUUUGUACUACCCAUAUGUUUCCUUCCGCUCCUGCUCUGCCCCAGUCAACUGAGGGCUCAGCUCGGAACAACCCCCAACAUCAGGCAAAUUGUGGUUGGGAGGUGUUACAAUUACAUCAACCUAGUGAACCCCAGUUACAGGUACGACUGUGAGGAGAUCUGGAGACAGUUUGAGGAGGCGGUCGUGCAUCAGUCCUAUUGUAACGUGACGGUGGAGGAUUAUGGUCAGAUGUUUUAUGCCGUGCCUCAGUCCUGGCCUUGUGAUAGGUUCCUCUUCUGGAGUAAAACCAGGACACUGAUGCACAGCUAUGCUGCGGUUGUGCGUCACUUCUGGACUCUGGAGGACACACCGGUCGGCUACAUGUUCAACGACCUGAUCUGGUGCGGACAGGAAGACUCCGGUACAUCACUUCUUGGCUCUUGUCCGGAGUGGUCUACGUGCGGGAAUCAUCCGGUGUAUUCCUUGUGGAGGCAAGCAUCACAGAUUUUUGCAGAAAUGGCUUGCGGGAACGUCACUGUGUUACUGAACGGAUCCAUAGUUAACGCCUUUAACAGGAAAAGCAUGUUUGGAAGUGUUGAACUGGACAACCUCGAUCCACAGAAGGUGGAUUAUGUCAAUGUUAAGGUGGUGACCAAUCUAAACGGACCCAGCAUAGAAUCAUGUUCCCAAGGAUCCAUUGUAGACCUGCUCCACAUCCUCCAGUCCAGAGGUUUCCACUGGACCUGCACAGACAACGAUCAGACCCUGAUGAUUCUCCAGUGUGUCCAGGACCCCAAACAGCCUUCAUGCCAGACGUGUGCAGCCAGCCUCCUGAAAGGCUUUACAGACAAAUAAAGCACCUGGGAUGAAAUGGAAUGAUCUGAAUGUAAAUCCAUCCAGAAAUGAAGCAUGGACAGAUUAAGACUUUGAGUCUGUUGAUGUUAAUGUAACAGCACCAGCAGCAGUGAUUACAGUCAUCUCUAAGAGCACAUAAAAACAGGGCCAGUGUACUGUGAGUUUACUGCUGAGCUGGAUGAGCACAGGUUAGGUUCAUUAAAAUGUGAUAAAGAUAUGUACGGAUAAUAAAUGCCAAUACAGUAAUUUUAUGACACAUCCUGUAACAUCAGUUACCUGUUUACUCCUACUGUACGCUGAACCUGAACUAGUUCCAAGGAAUUUCUGCAGCAUGGCUCAACAAGUUCAAUGUUGACAUUAGAAUGCAGACAGAUUAGUCUAACAGAUACUGUAAUUGUUUGAACUACUGUCACUACUGUAACAGCUUUUCCAAUGUACUAUAAGUCUAUAAUUUCAGUACUGUGGAACUUAAAAGGUCACAGUUGAAAGAAAGAAAAGGAUUCCUAACAUGCCUUCUGAGCUCUGACAUUCAUGUAAGGGUUUUAACAACAUGUCUACAGCAUUUUAUAAAAUAAAGAAAUCCUGUUUGUGGCAGUAGAA